UAGACGGCUGACACUACCACAACCCGACCCUGCAGAUCCCCUCUUUCGCGACCUGGCCGUGUCAACACGCACAAUCUCGACGUAGCCUAUGCCACCACCUGUACAAUUCCGACCAUGGUACUCUUCAAACGCAAGCCGGUGCGGUUCUUGCAACCACCACAGGUAGAGGACGAAGAGCAAGAUGUUUGGCAUAUUCCCCAAACGGGCGAGAUCUUUGUCAACUAUGAGGACUACCUCCACCGCAUGGACUUUUAUAACCAGCCUCGCUUCAUUUGCGAAAUCACCGGCCAUUCCGGCCAGAGUUUCUUCGAUGCUCUGAAGAGCGAGCUUACUGGUGCUCAAGAAGUCGACCAGGCUUUUCCCGAAGCCCUCAAAGGCCCCGUGUUGCGACGCGUCCAAUUUCAAACGAUAUCCCGAAUCGAUGCGCUAGUCGACACGAUUUAUGACGAGUUCCGACACGACUACUACCCGGGCGAGGCGGUCACAAUCGAGCUAGUCAGCGGCAAGCGGUGCACAGGCAUCGUACGCGACAAGUCAAGAAUGGGCAGCAAGGUGUUACCGGACGGCACAAUCACCCAGCCAUACUCGCGGUAUUUCACCAGCAUAGACGGCAAACCGGGAGAGGAGGCUGUGGUCGACGAUCUGCACAUUUACCGGGAACGAAAGGUUUUCACCAAGCAGGUACUCCGUUCCUUCAUCAAAAAGACGGUCACUCGCGAGGCCUGGACGGGCGCGCCCUGGCUUGUGAAGCACGAUGUCGCAGCCAAGUACCACAUCGACACCAGAGUCCCGCCGCAUUUGCGCUACGACAAUAAGCUUCUCGAGCGGAAACAACACCAGCUGCAGAAGAAGGGGAUGCAGCCAGCUAACGGCCAGAUCAACGGCAUGCAUGACGUGAGUGCGGUUGGCGGACCUUUCCACAACUUCGGCCCGGCCCGCCUGCCAGAAUUGAAGCCUGCGCCCAAAAGCCACAAAGCGGGCAAAGCACAUCAACACUAUCAGGCACCCGCUGGACCGCACGUUAUUGGUGGCCCAAGCCUACUGAACGACGACGACCAGUCUCCUGUACCGACAGGUUCGAACCCAUUUCAAUUUCCCGGAUCAUUCCGACAAAACAUUCCUCCGCCAGUCCCCACGCCCGUGUACCGACAGCCAACACCACCACCACCCCCGCCGUUGCCGAAAUAUCCGAUCGAAGACUUGCAGCUGGAGCCUCGUGAUGACUAUGUCCGACCAGCGCUCAAGUUCCUGUGCAGCGAUCCACCAGAAGGUGUUGUCGAUAAUGGCGAGCGCAACGACAAGAUCCUGAUGAAAUCCAUGGGACCUCUGUUGGAGACGUGGGAUACCCUGAAUGUCUAUUGCGAAAUCUUCAAGCUCGACUCAUUCACAUUCGACGAUUUCGUGCAAGGCAUGGAGAUUGCCAAGCCCGAGACGCCGUGCCAGCUGUUCGACGAGAUUCAUUGCGCGGUACUCAAGCAACUCGUGACUGCGGAGAAGGACGGCGCGGAGCUGCAGGUCGAUCUGCCCGAGCUCGAGGACGAAGAGGAUGACGAGGACGACGAAGAGGAAGAGGAGGAAGUAGAGCCCUCUCCCGAGCCGGAGCCGAAGCCGAAGCCUGCUGCGCGCGCGACUAGGAGCAGCCUAGCUAAGCAGGAAGCUGAGCGACUGCAGGCAGAGAUUGCAGCCUCCUUCGAGAAGGAGGAGACACCCGAGCCCACGAUCAAGCACCGCGCGGUAGAUGCCCUCGCCGAGUUUGACUGGGUCGAACAGCUCUCUAAGCGCAACUUCCAAGAUGGAGGGUGGGAGCUCAUUAUGGUGGGACUGCUCUAUCAGCUAUCCAAAGAUGACCGGCACGCCGAAGCCUGUGAACACCUUCUGGAGCAGCUCGUACCGGCCGAUGUGGAUCCCACGCAAGAGACUGUGCGGCAACACUAUGGCGAGCUCAACCUAAACGACAGGGUGUCUGCCCUGCAGAUGAUUUGCAUGUUGACCUCAGGGACAAAGGCGAUGCGCAAUUACAUGGAGGAGUGCGCCGAGACUAUGACUGGGUACCGCAAGGAGAGGAUAGAAUGGCAGCGGAACAAGAAGCAGGCCAUGGAGGAACUCAAGGCCCUCAACGAGGAGCACAAAGCUCUGCUUCCAGACAACCUACCCCCAUCGCCUCCUGCUGAAGAGGAAGAAUCCAAAACGAAUGGCGACGUCAGUAUGGCGGAUGCUGACACUACUCUCGACGAACCCAGCGAAGAGGGCGACAGCGAUGACGCGUCGGCAGCUCGCCGCAAGCGGAGGAGAGGUGGCGACCGCGCUGCUGAGAGGCAGCGCAAGCGCGAAGAGCUCGAGCGGAAACGCGAGGCCGAGCUGGCCGCCAAAGUGCCCAAGCAGUCGAAGCAGUUUCUCAAGGUCCUCAAGGACAUUCAGAAGAAGGAAGAAUUCAUCAAGAAAUGCGAGGAGGAAGUCGCAGUGCUUGAGAACGAUCUGCGCGAGGCGGACUGUGGCCGGACGAGAGUCCUGGGCAAGGACCGCUUCUGGAACCGGUACUACUGGUUCGAGCGCAACGGCAUGCCGUACGCCGGGCUGCCCAACAGCUCGACGGCGCACGCGGGCUAUGCGAGCGGCUGCAUCUGGGUUCAAGGGCCUGACGAUAUGGAGCGCGAGGGAUACAUCGAUUUACUCCCAGAGUACCAGGCCGAGUACAAGGCCAAGUUUAAGAUGACGGUCCCGCAGAGGAAGAAGAUGGAAGAAGGCCGGACCAGCGUCUACAAUGCCUGGCAGUGGGGUUACUUCUCGGAGCCCGAUGAGGUUGAUUCUCUGCUCAAUUGGCUUGAUCCAAGAGGCUACAACGAGCUCAAACUGCGCAAGGAGAUUUUGGCCUUCAAGGACAAAAUCGUCGACGGCAUGAAGAACCGCUUGAAAUAUCUAGGCAUCGAAAAACAAAGGGAAGAGGCAGCCGCGGCGGCAGCAGCGGCUGAAGCCGAGGCGCAAGCUGCCAAGAAGGCGCAAGAAGAGGAGGAGCAGAGGAAAGCAGAAGCAGCUGCCGCCGCCGCUGCCGCCAGGCAAAAGGAGGAGGAGGCGACGGCGACAAGGUCCAGCCGGCGCAUGGCGACACGCGGGAAGAAUCAGAACCAGCCGGCAGUGCAAGUCUCUGCGCCAGCUGCUUCCUCAACGUCGUCUGCCAAGGCCGAGCAGUCAUCGAGCAAGAAGAAGGAGGAGCCUGAGACGUUCCGAUGCCAGGACUGGACGAACACUAUGGCGAUUGAUGAGCUUGGACACAUCCACAGUGAGCCGCCAGCCGUCAAGCCCAGCCGCAAGGCGGCGAGGAAGUCGAAAGGCUAGUUCCACACUCUCGGCCCAGACGGCAGUAACACGACCUCUGCGCGGACGGAUGAUGAUGCGCUCGGGUUUUUUGGUUUUUUUUCAACUUUCUCUGUUUGAUUUUUCUGCAUUGCGCGCGUGGGCGAAUUUCCAUCUUGGCAAAGGAAAAUGGUCGGUUGGUGAAAGCGGCAUACAUCUUAGACCAGCCGGUUCUCUUUUUUUGUUCUCUUAAGAACUGUUGGACAUUGUGCAUCGGCGUCACACAUUGCGUUUGCAUCAGCACAGCACAGCACAGCACCCGACCUAUUGGGGUCUGUUUUCGAUUGGCACUUGACUUUGCGCGCGUGUGUAUAUAUAGAGCUUCUUAUUGACGAAGUAUGAGUUUUAUAGAUGACUAUAUGUUGUGAACUGGAUUCUUGGAUUGCAG